AUGCCUUUCGGUUUAACCAACGCACCGGCAACGUUUCAACGCCUCAUGGAACGAUGUUUAUCUGGUCUUAACCUUAAGAUCUGCCUUGUCUACCUCGACGAUGUUAUUGUCUUUGCCCGAACCUUCGAAGAAAUGUUGGAGAGAUUAGAAGCUGUGCUCAGGCGUCUUGGAGAGUUCGGCUUGAAGCUGAAACCAUCGAAAUGUAAGCUUUUCCAAACCAAGCUUACCUAUCUGGGACAUGUCGUGUCUGAAAAUGGCGUAGAACCAGAUCCCGAAAAGAUUUCAGCACUACCCAAAUGGUUGGAGAAUCCACCGAGAAAUCGAAAGGAACUACAAACCUUUCUAGGCUUUGCCGGGUACUAUCGCAAAUUUGUCGAGGGAUUUGCCAAGAUUGCUGCACCGUUAUAUGACCUGAUUAAAGAACCAAACGCUAAAAUGCCUCGGACAUUCCUGUGGACUGAAACUUGUCAAUAUGCUUUCGAAUCACUUAUUUCCAAGCUGUCAACACCCCCUGUCCUGGCGUUUCCUGAUUUCACUCUACCGUUUGUUUUGCACACCGAUGCUUCAGGCGUGGGACUGGGUGCAGUUCUUUACCAAUUGCAAAGUGGCAAGAAGCGUGUUCUGGCGUAUGGGAGCCGUUCCCUUACUCAUUCGGAACAACGCUAUUGCGCCUAUCGUCGAGAGUUUCUUGCACUGAAAUGGGCAGUCACAGAGAAGUUUCGUUCUUAUCUGUACGGUAGGAAGUUUCAUGUUAUCACGGAUAGCAACCCGUUGACUUACCUACUGACGUCGGCAAAGCUUAGUGCAACUGAUCACCGUUGGUUGGCCAGUUUGUCGACCUACGAUUUUACGAUAAGCUAUCGGGCAGGGAAAUGUUGUGGUGAUGCUGAUGGACUCUCUAGAAUACCUCGGGAAGGAGAUACCCCUCGACAUGGAGAAGAAAUGACGCCAGACGCAGAGUAUCUCCGACCGUUUCUAGAACGAUUACAUGCAUCAGAGUCAGACACAGUAGUGACUUAUGUCCAGCAGGAGUUCCAAGCUCUUUGUGAUUACCAUAUUGCCUUCGAUCCCGCCAACGAAGAAACCACCUGUCCCGCCGUAGAGACGCUGGGUAUUGACGUAUCAGCUAUUGAAGCAAUAUGUAAGGAAGCAAGUCCCACUCGUGAAGGAAUUGGUGUGGACAUGAUUCCACCACUCGAAUGGCAAUUGAUCCAACGUGAGGAUCCAGAAAUUGGACGAGUAAUCGAGAUCUUGACUCGCCAAACUACUGGAACUGGCAACGUGAAUGAUGGGGACACUAUGGUUAACCGGUUGUUGAAAGAAAAACACCGCCUUGUGUUCAAGGAUGAAAUUUUGUUUCGGGAACGCCUGAUAGAUGGUGCAAAACUAAAACAACUUGUGGUCCCUCGUGCUAUGCGAAAGCGUAUUCUCUGUGGGUUACACGAUGACGUCGGACAUCUUGGCAGAGAUAAAACCAUUGACCUGGUCUGCCAACGUUUCUACUGGCCCGGGAUGACAGCGGACAUUGAAGUCCAUAUUCGUGACUGUCACCGUUGCCUCUUGCGGAAAGCUGCUGACCCUCCACGUGCUCCUCUGGUGCCAAUCUUGGCGUCAGAACCUAUGGAACUCCUAGCUAUCGAUUUUCUGAGUAUUGAAAAGGGGAAGGGAGGAUAUGAAGAUGUGUUGGUCGUGACGGACAGCUUCACAAAAUAUGCUUGGGCCUUUCCGACUAGGAACCAAAAGGCCACAACUGUCGCCAAGGUGUUGUGGGAAAACGUGUUUGUCCACUAUGGCUUACCACGUAGAUUACACUCUGACCAAGGCCGAGAUUUUGAAUCAAGAUUGAUUGGUGACCUUUGCAGGGUUGCUGGUAUCCAGAAGACCAGAACAACGCCAUAUCACCCCCAGGGAAACGGCCAAACUGAGCGGUUCAACAGAACACUGCUCAGCAUGCUUGGAACCCUAAGUGAGGACAAGAAGACCGACUGGCCAAGCUACGUCGCACCAAUG